CCCCCGUCCUGCACAGAGCUGAGGAGCCGUGCGCAGCGGCAGCUCCGAGGUUAGCCAAGCCACUCAGCUCCGGGGCCGGCUUUUCCCAGUUAAAUUCCUCCUGGGAAUAGAGUUUCAUUGUUUCGUGCGGAGUUUAUGGUCUGGGACUCUUGUGGUGCACUUUGUGGAUACAAAAGGAUGUUGACCUGAAAGCAUGUCAGGGAGCUUUGGAUGACUGCUGUCCACCUCGAGGAGAGCAUCAGCUGGAACUGCAAGAAGAAGAGAAAGACAUAAAUCAAAGCAACAGCCACCAUGUAGAUUCCCCUCUCUCCUUAGAGGGCUAUUUACAGCUUCUGUCAUCACAGGUGGAAAACAUGCUAGAGGUGAACUUCCUGGAAGAUACACAAGUUGCUACUUCUAGUGGAGGCCAAGACCCAUCAUCGUCACACGACAAUAUAAAUUUGACCCAGACACUCCAGAACAGUUUCAGUCCUCCUGAUGCCGUACUACUAAGAACAGACUACCACACUCAAUUAAAUUCAAAACCAAGACACUUACAAAGGCAAGAGUUUUUCCCUCAAUCAAGCUCUGAUGUCACAAACCCAGAAUCACUGUUUCAUGGGGCAAAUUUGGCAGGGCUGUUUUCAGCUGCUGACCUUAGAAAUCUAACAGCCCACGAUGAUAAUUUUGGUGACAUUAAGCUCAUGUCUUUGGCUUUGGAGGAAGGCUUUGGUCCUGUAGAAGUUUCUCAGAUCUAUGAAGAACCUUGCUCAGAUUCGGGACUAUCUUUGAGUUCACAUCACAGCACCACCUCUUAUUCAGUCUGCUGUGAAGAUUCUGUUGGGUACAGCAGUGGUGUUAAAUCUGCUCCUUCAUAUGGCUUAGGAGCUGUUGGUGGCCAUUGCCAAGAAAACAUUAAGCACAGCCAUGGGGCAUAUCCAGGUGAUGCAGAAUGUUCUACAGAAGCCAUGCUUCAGCAGUUUCUUCAUAAUCACACUUACAAUCAGAUGCCAAGUCAAGCAGCAUCCACUCCAGAGCAUCAUCAACAGAUGUGGAUGAAGAAAUCAAAUGAAGUAAAGGAUAGGUGCCAUAAUUCUACUGCUACUAACCGGUGCAGAGAUGAAUGUCGUGCAAAAGCUCUGAGAAUACCAUUUUCAGUCGAUGAAAUUGUGAGCAUGUCCGUCGACUCUUUCAACACCAUGCUAGCAAAGAACCAGCUGACAGAAACUCAGAUAUCACUUCUACGUGACAUCAGACGAAGAGGAAAAAACAAGGUGGCUGCCCAAAAAUGUCGAAAACGCAAACUGAAUGCAAUUCUUAACUUGGAAGAAGAUGUGUGUAAUCUCCAAACACAAAAGGAGAGCCUUAAAAAGGAGCACUCCCAGUGUAGCAAAUCAAUCAACCAGAUAAAGCAAAAAUUAAACAACUUGUACCAUGACAUUUUCAGUAGACUGAGGGAUGACCAGGGUAGACCUGUUAACCCAUGCCAGUAUGUCAUUCAUUGCAAUAGUAAUGGUGGUAUUUUCAUAAUACCCAAGCACUUGGCCAAAUCUGAACAGAAACAAGAUAAAAGAGCAGAAGCAAAAGUACGAUGACUUUUGAUCAUCUUUAGAUCACCUAAAUCACCUUUAGUUUGCCUGAACGGGUGAUAAGAAUACUUGUGUGAAGACUAAAGGUCAGUGCUUACAGCACUUCAAACAGAAACUAUAUUUGAGAAACACUCUAUGUUCAAGGGUCUGGCAAACCCAACUGUGAUCUGUUAGAAGUUCCAUGAGCUGAGGCUUCUGGAUGAGGAAAUCUGUUACAUUUUAGUUAGAAUUAAAGGAGCUAGACCAGUAGUGUAGCUUUACAGAUCUAUGUUAAUCUAGAUAUAAUCUUUAUAGAUCUAUGUUAAAACUAAAAAUUUAGUUACUGGUAAGGGAGAGUAUCAGCGAGGAUAAAAGUCAACUUCAGAGGAAUGUUAACACGUGCAAGAAAAUGUUUUAGUCUUGAAUACUUGACUCCUUAUACAGAGAAUGACCUUAUUUUAUUCUCUAGCACUGAAAGAAAAAAUAUAGUUCUAGUUGAUCUUCAACCUAAAUUCACUGUGGACUUACAUAGGCUUAAGAGAUAACUGCAUGCUUUGCUUUUAUUCAGAAUGGCUCUGAUUUUCCUUGUUUUCAUUUGAGGAGAGCAGCCCAAGAAGCUACUGCGUUUUUCCUCACUACUUUCACCAUCAUAACUCCAAGCAAAGAUAAUCUGCCACCUAAUUUUACAACUCAUAUGCUCAAUCUGCAAACAGAUGCUGAAAAAGUGUCUGAUUCAAUACUACCUUCAUCCUGUGCAACUGAACCAUUAUCAACAUUCUUCCACAAAAACGACCAAUGAUGAAGAGGUUCUUGUUUUGUUUCCUAGUGACUGUGAUAUUUACUUAUGUAUCUUCUCUUUUCCUCCCAUUUUGACACCUUCCUCAAGUACUUGAGUUUUUCUCUAUGGCUUUUUUAACUGGUAUUUUUAAGUGUCUUUAAUGUUCCAGAUUUCAUUUUUUAAAAUAUACAUUUUAUCUAGUCUUUAAAUUAAAUUGAACCAAAUUACUAUUUAUCUAUACUUGUAAUUAUGAGCACUCUGCUAGUGCUCCAAAUGAAGAGGUUUUUGGUUUGACAUUUGUGUUAUUAAAAAGUUUUAUUCACUCACGUACUUAAAACAUCCUGUCCUUUACUGUUUUACAGCCUGAAAAGGGUCUGCAAAAGAGAUGGCCUAAGAGGCUUCUAAUGAAUGAUAAGGAAGGAAUGUUGAGGUAUAUUAUUAUGAAAAUAAUUGCUAGUAUUAAUGUCUAGAUAACAAAUACUUCUUGUUCAUUUUUUAACUAAAACACAUAAAGCUGGUAUUUAAGUAAAGUUCUCAGUGGUCAUGGCACGAUGACAAUGGAGCAAAUUCAGGUAUGUUAAAAAAACCACUUGUACCAAACAUGUAAGAGUUACACAUACAAGCUUAAAUAGCAUAUUAUAUCUACUGAAGAAACAAACUGUCACUAGCAUGGAAUUCCCAUUGACUGCUUCCACUUACCUGUAACAAAACUAUCAAGUGGCAUUUUCUAAAAAAGGAGCCCCAAGGUAGUGCCAAGUGCACUGAAUUAUCAAUAAUGAAAUC